CGGGUUCCAUGGUCUGUGGCUCAGCGGUUAAGGCAGGUCUCCUGUUGUGUGUGCUUGGCUGUGAUCACUGCUGCUGGGAGCCUGAAGGAGAGCGGGUGAGCUCGGAAUCCUCCAUGGAUGCAGUAACCUAUGAGGAUGUGCAUGUGAACUUCACCCAUGAAGAGUGGGCUUUGCUGGAUCCUUCCCAGAAGAGUCUCUACAAAGAUGUGAUGCUGGAAACCUGCUGGAACCUCACUUGUAUAGGUUACAAAUGGGAAGACUAUAAUAUUGAAGAACAUUGUCAGAGCUCUAGAAGAAAUGGAAGGUAUAUCAUCUGUCACUCUCAGUACAAGCCAUGUGAGCAUAAGGAAUAUGGAAAGAAGCAUUGUAGUUCUGUCUCUCUCAGAACAACUGGAAGAUAUGUGGUAGUCCCCACUAUGAGAAGACUUGAUGACUGUGAUACAAGUUUACAAUUAAUUGGUUUUCCAACUUCAGUGGGAAUUCAUCAACAAAUUCACAUUGGAGAAAAACCUUAUGAGUGCCAGGAAUAUGGAAAUUCGUAUCUCUUUACUGGUUCUACAUGUAGUGUGGCUCACAGUAUAAGAAAAUGUUAUGAAUACAAUGAGUGUGUUCAAACAUCGUAUUCUUCAGAUACUCUUCAAAGUUGUGAAAAAGCUUAUAUGGAAAGAGAAAAUAAUAAAUGUGAGUUAUCUACUAAAGGCUUUAGCAAUUACAGGCAUCCUCAAACACACACAAACAACAAUAAUGAAGAGUAUCUCUGUGAAUGUAAUCAAUGUGAUAAGGCCUUUAGAUCUGAUUGCUCUUUAGAAGUACACCAAAGAACUCAUCUGGAAGGAAAAUCUUAUGAGUAUAAUCAAAGUUAUAAGGCCUUUGAAUGUCACAGUCUUCAUCAAGUACAUAGACUUCAAACUAGGGAGAAAAGGUAUGAAUAUCAGCAAUGUGAUAAAGCCUUUGCAUGUCCCACAUAUGUUCAAAUUCAUAAUAGAGGUUAUAAUGGAAAGAAAGCUUAUGAAUGUAAUCAAUGUGGUAAAACCUUUGCAUAUAACAGCCAUCUUCUCACUCAUCUAAAAAGUCAUAAUCGAGAGAAACCCUAUGAAUGUAAUGAAUGUGGUAAAGCCUUUGCACAGAAGAGUAGUCUUCAAAGUCAUGAAAGAAUUCAUACCAGAGAGAAGCCCUAUGAAUGUAAUCAGUGUGCUAAAGCCUUUGCAAUGAAGAAUAAUCUGCUUAGUCAUGAAAGGAUUCAUAAUGGAGAGAAAUCCUAUGAAUGUAAUGAAUGUGGUAAAGCCUUUGCACAGAAGUGUAGUCUUCACAAUCAUGAAAGAAGUCAUAGAGGAGAGAAACCCUAUAAAUGUAGUCAAUGUGGUAAAGCAUUUGCAUGGAAGAAUUAUCUUCACAGUCAUGAAAGAAUUCAUACUAGAGAGAAACCCUAUGAAUGUAAUCAGUGUGAUAAAGUAUUUGCAUUGAAGAAAUGUCUUCUCAGGCAUUUAAGAAUCCAUGCUGGAGUGAAACCCUAUGAAUGUAAACAAUGUGGUAAAACCCUUGCACGGAAGAGUAGUCUUCACAGUCAUGAAAGAAUUCAUACUGGAGAGAAACCCUAUAAAUGUAGUCAAUGUGGUAAAGCAUUUGCAUGGAAGAAUUAUCUUCACAGUCAUGAAAGAAUUCAUACUAGAGAGAAACCCUAUGAAUGUAAUCAAUGUGGUAAAGCCUUUGUUGAGAAGAGUAGUCUUAACAGUCAUAAAAGAAGUCAUAGUGGAGAGAAACCCUAUGAAUGUAAUGAAUGUGGUAAAGCCUUUUCAGGGAAGAGUAGUCUUCGCAGUCAUGAAAGAAUUCAUACAGGAGAGAAACCCUAUGAAUGUAAUCAGUGUGGUAAAGCCUUUGCUUGGGGAGAACUGCCUGCUUCCAACGCUGCCAGCGCUCUAGCAAUUGCAAUCUUCUCCAGCCUGCGACUUCGGGCUAAGCGGCACAGCAAGAACAACACCAACACAAAUCCCGCUAAGAUUACCGCGCCCUUGUGGCAACACUUUCCAUUGAAAUCUAGCAUCAGGUUCUUCAUGAUUGGUUGA